UUUGCUGGGGCCGGCGCUGUGGCACAGCAGGUUACAGCCCUGGCCUGCACUGCUUGCAUCCCAUAUGGGUGCCGGUUCAAGCCCCGGCUGCUCCUCUUCCAAUCCAGCUCUCUGAUGUGGCCUGGAACAGCAGCAGAAGAUGGCCCAAGUCCCUGGGCCCCUGCACCUGUGUGGGAGACCCAGAGGAAGCUCCUGGCUCCUGGCUUCGGAUUGGUCCAGCUCUGGCCAUUGCAGCCAUCUGGGGAGUGAACCAGUGAAUGGCAUAUCUCUCCUUCUCUAUAACUCGGACUUCAAGUAAAUAAAUUUUAAAAUAUAUCUAUCAGGAGUCUGGGGCCAUGAGCUGUUGAUAUCUGUGCUUAGGUGGUGUCUUCAAUACCUAGUAUGAGUGAUUGCAAGCAUUAGGCCCACGCCAUCUCUAUUAGUCACUCAACUCGGACACUAACACACCUGUCUUCCCUAGGCAGUGGCCAUGGCUGAACACUUUAAAGAGGCAUGUAGAUGUCCUAUCUGCUCCGGUCACCUCCAAAAACCCGUGUAUCUGAAGUGUGGUUACACCUGCUGCCUGCGCUGCACCGACUCCCUGCAGAGGGAGCCCGACGGGGAGGGUCUCCUGUGCCCUGGCUGCUCUGUGGUCUCUCGGAAGCAGGACAUCAAGUCUGCGUUCCAGCUGAGGGACCUGGUGGACGCCGUCAAGGAGCUGGAGCCCCAUCUGAGCGCCGUGCUGUCCAUGAACCCCAGGAUGCUCAAGUUCCAAGUGGAUGUGACCUUGGACAAGGACGCGGCCCACAAAUGCCUGGUCAUCUCUGAGGACCGGAAGACCGUCCACUGUGGGCUGUACAAACAGACUUGGAGGAAGUAUCCCGAGAGACAUAACUACACGUUGUGCGUCCUGGGCUCCCCGGAGUUCACUUCUGGACGCCAUUACUGGGAGGUGGACGUGGGCAGCAGCAGAGAAUGGAACGUGGGGGUCUGCAGAGAGUCGGCUAACCGCAAGGGGCCCGUCCUGCUGGCCUCGGACCGCGGCUACUGGACCCUGGGUUUGCGAGAAGGUUGCUUCUUCGCCAGCACCACACCUCUCACGCCUCUCUUGGUGGGGCCCUCAUUACAACGCGUGGGGAUCUUCCUGGACAUGGACAUUGGGGUGGUUUCCCUGUAUAACGUCAGAGACGGGUUCCAUAUCUUCAGUUUCACCAAAAUUUCCACUAAAGAACCACUGCGCCCAUUUCUCGCCAUCGCAAAUGCAGUCCGUGAUGCUCAAGGCUUCCUGAGUAUCUGUCCUGCGAGGGGUCCAGACCUUGUCAGUCCUCCACCCUAACUCAGGCAAAGAGAAUACAACUGUGUCGACAAUGACGUCUCCAGGGAAUUGCUGUGUGGUCGUAACCGGAACGAGGGACGUUGAUGCUGGGUGUACGUGUGUACAAGAGCUAACCAGGAAACAGUCAGUCUAUGAGUCAGGAACACAAUAUUUUAAAGUAUUAUACAUAUUAGUUUUGCUUUGUGAAAUUGGGGUUAACACGAAAUAAGUUCAGAUUUCAUGGGCUUUAGGUAUAGACGCACAGCAUCAACCCCCCCCCCCCCCCGCCGGCCACCGCUGUCCCAUCUCCCCAUCCUGGCUGUGGCGACUCUGCUGCUCCGUGGCCCCGGGAGCCGGCACCUUCUCCUCCUCUGCACUUGGUGCCCACCCCCACACCCCGCACCCUGCCCAGCGCGUCGGCUGACCUCACGCAAGGUGCUGUUCUCCUUAGGACCUGGGUUUAUAUUUUGAAACAUUUUGAAAUUUCAGCUCCAUUUCCACGAUUUCCCCUUUGUUGUCUGCAAGACCUACUGACUUCUAUAGGUACUAAAGUGUGAGCGUCACCAAUAAAUGAUAUAU